GCGGUGCAUUGUGGGCUCGCCUGGAGCCGUGGAGUUGAGUCUGAAUGGAAGUGGCGCGCUAACCCUGACGUUACCCGGGUAGUAGCGGCUAGGAUCCCGACCCCGGCCGGGAUUCUGGUGCCUCGGGCCUCCGGGGCCGAGCGGACCGCGAGGAGGCGGCGGCAGAGGCACGGCGAGCGUUGGUGGAGGGGGGCGGCUCUUCGCGGCCCCAAGACAUGGCUCAUAACAAGAUCCCGCCGCGGUGGCUGAACUGUCCGCGGCGCGGCCAGCCGGUAGCAGGAAAAUUCUUACCUCUGAAGACAAUGUUAGGACCAAGAUAUGAUAGUCAAGUUGCAGAAGAAAAUCGCUUCCAUCCCAGUAUGCUCUCAAAUUAUCUAAAGAGUCUAAAGGUUAAAAUGGGCUUAUUGGUGGACCUGACAAAUACAUCAAGGUUCUAUGACAGAAAUGACAUAGAAAAAGAAGGAAUCAAAUAUAUAAAACUUCAGUGUAAAGGACAUGGUGAGUGUCCUACAGCUGAGAACACUGAGACAUUUAUUCGUCUGUGUGAGCGGUUUAAUGAGAGAAACCCACCUGAACUUAUAGGCGUUCAUUGUACCCAUGGCUUCAAUCGCACUGGUUUCCUCAUAUGUGCCUUUUUGGUGGAGAAAAUGGAUUGGAGUAUUGAAGCAGCGGUUGCUACUUUUGCCCAAGCCAGACCACCAGGAAUCUAUAAAGGUGAUUAUUUGAAAGAACUUUUUCGACGCUAUGGUGAUAUAGAAGAAGCACCACCCCCGCCUCUAUUGCCAGAUUGGUGUUUUGAGGAUGAUGAGGAUGAAGAUGAGGAUGAAGAUGGAAAAAAGGAAUCAGAACCUGGGUCAAGUGCUUCCUUUGGCAAAAGGAGAAAAGAACGGUUAAAACUGGGUGCUAUUUUCUUGGAAGGUGCAACUGUUAAAGGUGUAACUCAAGUAACGACUCAGCCAAAGUUGGGAGAGGUACAGCAGAAGUGUCAUCAGUUCUGUGCCUGGGAAGGGUCUGGAUUCCCUGGAGCACAGCCUGUUUCCAUGGACAAGCAAAAUAUUAAACUUUUAGAACAGAAGCCAUAUAAAGUAAGCUGGAAAGCAGAUGGUACUCGUUAUAUGAUGUUGAUUGAUGGCACAAAUGAAGUUUUUAUGAUUGAUAGAGAUAAUUCAGUGUUUCAUGUUUCAAAUCUGGAAUUUCCAUUUCGUAAAGAUCUUCGUAUACAUUUAUCAAAUACUCUCUUGGAUGGGCCUGUCCCAGACCUAAUGAAUUGGAAUUUUCCAGUGGCCUACAUAUACAUACUUGUUAACGAAUGCCCAGGUAGUUCUAAUCAGGAAAUGAUAAUUGACAAAGUAAAUGGACAAGCUGUUCCUAGAUAUUUGAUAUAUGACAUAAUUAAAUUCAAUGCACAGCCAGUUGGAGACUGUGAUUUUAAUACUCGUCUGCAGUGUAUAGAACGAGAGAUAAUAAAUCCUCGACAUGAAAAAAUGAAGACUGGUCUCAUUGACAAAACACAAGAACCAUUUAGUGUCAGAAAUAAGCCAUUUUUUGACAUCUGUACUUCAAGAAAGCUACUUGAAGGAAGUUUUGCCAAAGAAGUCAGCCAUGAGAUGGAUGGACUCAUUUUUCAGCCACCUGGAAAAUAUAAGCCUGGCCGAUGUGAUGAUAUUCUGAAAUGGAAGCCUCCCAGUUUGAAUUCUGUGGAUUUUCGCCUAAAGAUAACAAGAAUGGGAGGAGAAGGAUGUUCCUUGGACAUACUGACAAGAACAAUAAAGGUGCUGUCAAGUCAGUUCCGACUCAUGGUGACUCUGUACAACAGAACGAAACACUGUCCUCCACCAUCCUCACAGUCGUUGUUAUGCUUGAGCCCAUUGUUGCAGCCACUGUGUCAGUCCAUCUCAUUGAGGGUCUUUCUUUUUUUUGCUGACCCUCUACGUUACCAAGCAUGAUGUCCUUCUCCAAGGACUGAUGCCUCCUGAUAAAGUGCCCAAGUAUGGAAGUCUCACCAUCCUUGCUGCUGCUGAUCAUUCCGACUGUACUUCUUCCAAGGCAGAUUUGUUCAUUCUUCUGCAAGUGCGUGGUAUAUUCAGUAUUCUUAGCCAAUAUUCAGUAUUCCUCCUUGUCUGAUACUAAUAUUGCCUUUUUUUGCCUUCUUCUUUUUUGAAUUUUUUGGGUAUCUUUUUGCCCAUUGAUUUAUUUUCAACUUUUUUGUUUCACUGUGAUAAAUCAUGGGUUAAGACUAUUAUGCCGAAACCCUUUUGGUUUUGAGACGUAGCAAAUACAUGAUUACAUACACCUGGGAACCAAUAACUGGCAAUCAGUUACAGCAAGAUUGCGCAUGUUUGAUAGCUUUUUUUUUUUUUAAUGAAACUGUUUGAUAAUGUAGUGAUGUGGCAGUGGUGGAUGGUAGUUGGUGAACCUGGAACCUGUGUGUUAGAUGGCUUGCUAAAGACAAUUUUUUACCGUCAGAUUAGGUUAUUUCUCCAGGGAUACCAGAAUCAUAAAAAGCGCCCCCCUCCCCACCUCCAUUCGGAUUUUCCACAACUAUCCCUCUAGGUUUUUUUUUUUUAAUCCCUCUAGGUUGUAUCCCCCAUAUUGCUAGCACUUAGCUCCAAAUGAGCAAACUGGAGGAAAUCCCCAAAGCCUGGUUCCCUCAGUUUUCCUGAUUUGAGGUCAUCUUUCUGAAUACUGUAUGUAUCUUUUAUGAAUGUAGUAAUAAUAUAUAAGUUAUAUACAAUCUGUAUAUUCAUUCUCUCCAUACAUUAAUCCUUCGAUGGACAAACUUUAUUACUUUAAGUGUGUUUUUGGGAAACAUAGUUGAUAUUGCUAUUUGAACUCAAUAUGUAGCCUCUUGCCUUUUAACUAGAGAACUCAAUCCAUUCUAAAUUAGUGUUCUGAGGUACAUGGUUUUAUUCAUCCUACUUUAAUUUAUAUUUAUUGUACUUAGUUUUUUUUUUGUUGUUGUUGUUAAAGACUGUUUCUGUGUGAUCACGUUGGUAUCAAUUGUAUUUCUCCCCUUGUAACUUGUCAUUUCUGUGAUACUUUUCCAUUGCAGUAAUGGCUUCCUUUCCUUUCUUGCGUUCAUAAUCAGAUAUAUAGUUCUCUGUUAUUAUUUGGAAGUAAGAUACCAACUGCAUCUCCCACCAAGAUGCUCUCUUCACCCCUUCUGAUUAGAUAAGAUUUUUGGAAUAAUUUCCAACGUGUUCUCCUUUCCCAGAUGAAAUUUUUGGAAUGUUUUUAUUCUCAUGAUCCCCUCCCUCCAGGUGUUACUGAAUCAUUUACUGGAACAUUCUCCCCCACCUGUUCCUUAUAGGUAUUACUGGAACAUGUUAGUGGUUUUGAUUCUAGGCUAUUUUUAGAGUUUUUCUCAUUUCCGUGAAUGUUCUUUUUUAUUUCAGGAAUCCUUUUUUUGAGUCUUGUAUUAUGUAUUCCCAGUCAAUCUAUCAUUACCCAAUUUAAAUUUAACACAGAUUAUAUAUUGCAAGAUUCAUUGCCUACCACUUUUCCCUUCCCUUUAUUUUCCCUUUCUUGUUUAAAUUCAUUUAUUCUCUGGAUAGUCAUUUCUUAAGUAUUUUUCUUAGAUGGGAUACAUAAGUUACUCUGAAUUCUUGCCUAUCUGCAAAUCUCUUUCUUUUUCCUGAUAGGUAAGUCGUAUCUUACCUGGGUAUAGAAUUUUUGAGGUGUAGUUAUUGUCUGUCUUUUUCAUUGUCUUCUGACUUUAGUGUUGAAGAUGAGAAGUCCAAUGUCAGUUUGAUUCUUUUCCCUUCUUUUGUGGGUUACGUUGUUUUUUCUCCUUUUUUGUUGUUAUUGGCUAACCUGGGGCUCAAGUGUGGUUGUUGAAGUGCUCAAAAUGGUAGCAGUCUACACGAUAAGGGAAAGUAUGUGUUCUUUAUCCCUGUGGAUCAUUGAUGUAGUAAAAGUGAGGGCUUCCAGUCCCCUCCACUAAAUAAGUGGGGAAAGCCUCCUGCUUCCUUAAUUCUAUACAUUUUCCCAUCUCAGGCAUUAGCCAUUUUCAGGCUUAGCUCCUAGCGGGCUAGGGAGGUUAGGCACAUUAUCUGGGGCCAAUCUUGACUCUGUCUGAGGUGUUUUCAUAGAUUCCUAUGGCUUAUGCUCAUUCUAGAAUUUGCUUAUUUCCAAUCUUCAUCUUGGGGCUUUUUCUCAGACUUUGAAAGGGAAAGCCACAAAUUGGUUCCCCUGCCAGGAAGCUCUCAAAUUCAAUACCUCACUUUUGGUCAGCAGACCCUUGGUUUUAAAAGGCUAAUAGUUUGGAGUGGAGUAUAAGAGGAAGUGAGACAUGUUUAAAUUAUCUUCCUAGAAUUCUUAAUAUAUUUGUGUGUUUUAAUUUGCAAGUGGUCUGUCUUUUCUGUUUUUGUUUGUUUUGCUUUAUUAUUUUAUUUCUUUCCUUAAUAAAUUAUGAUUAUAAAAAUCCUAAACAACUUUUUUGUUUAGGAGGAGCGAUACUUUUCCUCAUAGUCUAAUACUAUGUAUUCUAUAUUAAGUACUAUUUGUACUUACCCUUAAAUUUGUCAGAGGUCUUUUUAAACUUGUGUUUCUCUAAAUACCUGAAUCUAGAGUGAAAUCCUGUCUCUCAAGACUCCCAUAUUUAAUAUAAGAAGCUCAAUAUGCAUUUUACCUACUUCUCUGCUUCUGUUGAUUUUUGUUAGUGUAAUCUGUGAUUUUAGAUCCAAAUCGUGUAUAUUAUGUUUUUAUUUUUUCCUUAUAUAUUUUUUUAUACAAAAAUCUUUAGACAUUUAUAUUUCAGUUCCAUAUCUUAUUUUUAACAAUAUUUGAACUCAUCACUAUUUUAACUGGCUUCAUUGCUCAUUGACAAUCAUUUCAUAGCUUGACUUUGUCUCCGUUUCAGAACUUUUUCUCAGUUCAAAUACAUUUUUACAUACUGUUUUCAAGAAAUAUGCUUAUUUAUUAUUUCUUCAUGAGUAGGAUUCUAUUAUGGUCUAAUUUAUUAAAAAUUAAUUUUCGGGGAAAUAAAAGGUUACAACACAACAACAAAAACCAGUUUUCCCUAAAUCAUAUUUCUGUCAGAACUCUAAAAGUUAGUUCGAAAUAUCAAUUCUAUUAUUUAUAUUGAUUUUUCUAAUAAAUUUCUUUCUCAAACGGUAUAUAAAGGAAUUUUUUGCUUUUAGAAUCUUGAUAAUGCUGUUCAGGAUCAUCAGAAGUUCUUAGUUUGUCCUUGAUGAGAAGAAAGUUUCUAUUUACUCCUAAAAAUAUAUUUGUCUUGCUAAAUUUGUGUUGUAAGUGUCCUCAAAAAAGAGUAUUUUCCGUGAUAUUAUAUCAGUCUACUGCAAAAAUAGUUGUAUUUAUAACCAAAAUGAAAUCCUUGACAACUUCAGUCUUUUCUCUGUUCUCAAGGAUUUCGUUUUACUUGGAUCCACAAUCAACAGCCAUGGAAACAGCAGUCAAGAAAUCAAAAGACACAUUGCAUUGGGUAAAUCAGCUGCAAAGGACCUCUUUAAAGUGUUGAAGAGCAAAGAUGUCACCUUGAAGAUUAAGAUGCGCCUGACCCAAGCCAUGGUAUUUACAGUUGCAUCACAUGCAUGUGAAAGUUGGACAAUGAAUAAGGAAGACCAAAGAAGAAUUGACACCUUUGAAUUGUAGUGUUGGAGAAGAAUAUUGAAGAUACCAUGGAUUGUCAAAAGAACGAACAAAUUUGUCUUAGAAGAAGAGCAGCCAGAAUGUUCCUUAGAAGCAAGGGUGGUGAGACUGCGUUUUACAUACUUUGGACAUGUUAUCAGGAGGGAUCAGUCCCUGGAGAAGGACAUCAUGCUUGGCGGAGUAUAGAGUCAGCAGAAAAGAGGAAGACCCUCAACGAGGUGGAUUGACAUAGUGGCUGCAACAAUGGGCUCAAGCAUAACAACGAUUGUAAGGAUGGCUCAGGACCGGGCAGUGUUUCGUUCUGUUGUACAUAGGGUCGCUAUGAGUUGGAACUGACUCAACGGCACCUAACAACAACAACAACAUAACCAAAAUGUUACUAAGCCUAAUAAAAUGAAACGUAUUGCAGGCAGUGAGUGACUUAUGUUUGAUAUAGUUAUGGGUAGAAUUUAAAACUGAGCAAUUUGUUCUAGUUUGUUAUAUUAGGAUUUAGUCUGAAGUAUUUAUGAAGUUACUAUAUAUAUAUUUUUCUAAAUUUUAUUAAUUUUGUUGUUGAGAAUAUACACAGCAAAACAUACACCAAUUCAGCAAUUUCUACAUGAAUUAUUUAGAGACAUUGAUUACAUUCAUCCAGUUGUGCAACCAUUCUCAUCCUCCUUUUCUGAGUUGUUCCUCCUCAUUAACAUAAACUCACUGUCCCCUGAGGCUCCUAUCUAAUCUUUCAAGUUCCUAUUGUCAAUUUGAUUCAAUAUAGAUAGUUCUUAGAAGAGCAUAAUGCUCAAGGCAGACUUUUUUUUACUAGUUAAGGAAACUAUUGUUCAGUUGUAAGAUGACUUCAGGGAAUAUUUUUAGUUUAAGGUUUAAAGGUUAUCUCAGAGCAAUAGUUUCAGGGGUUCAUUCAUACCAUGGCUCCAGAAAGUCUAGAGUCUGUGAGAAUUUGAAAUUCUAUUCUAUAUUUUCCCCAUUUUGAUCGGAAUUCUUCUAUGGAAUCUUUGGUCAGAAUUUUCAGUAAUGGUAGUCGGACACCAUCUAGUUCUUCUGGUCUCAUGGCAAAGGAGGCAGUUGUUCAUGGAGGCAAUUAGACACACAUUCCAUUUACUCCUCUUAUUCCUUUCAUUUUUCCUCUGUUGCUCUGGCGAAUAAAGAUCAAUUGUUGUGCCUUGGAUGGCAACUUGUAAGCUUUUAAGACCCCAGGCACUGUGCAACAAACUAGGAAGUAGUACAGAGACACUAAACAAGCUAUUAAGCCAGUUAGCUGAAAUGUCUCAUGAAACCAUGACCCUAAACCUCCAAACCUAGAAACCAAGUGUCAUGAGGUGUUUUGUUUUGCAUAAGCAGCCUUAGCAGCAGCUACCUUUUUUUUUUAUCAUUGUUGUAAAUAUGUCUAUUACACAACUUUUGCCAAUUCAGUAUUUUACAAGAUGUAUAACUUAUUGACAGCAAUUACAGUAGUUGCCUGUGCAACCCUACCCUCAAUCAGUGCGAUUUUUCUUUACUACACAUUUAUUGCUAAAAGCUCCAAGUUCAAAUUUCAUUUAUAUCUUAAGGAUGAAAGGAGGAAAGAUUUGAGCUUUUAGCCACUUUGCAUUUCUCAAUUGAAAUCAAUUAUGGAAUAAAAUAGCUUUGAUUAUUGAAAUAAUUAGUAAUAGAAUUAUAUUCCUUUAACUUUCAGUCUAUUUUGAACCAAGCCAUUUAAUUUGGUUUAAAGAGUUAAUUAUGAGAUGAUAUUUAAUAUCCUGUAGUAUAUGACAGCUUCAAAAUAUAAAUAUGGUAAUUUAUUAUAAAAAGAAGACAGCUAGGGCACAUCAUUGUUAAUGCAGUCCUUUUAUCUCUAGAAAAUGGAACUCAUAUUAAGCUUUGAAUCUCAGGGGAGAGAAGAUGGGGGAAGGGAAUGGAAAGGGCUCAUUUAGUUCUUUGUGUACCUCAGGAAACUAUCUUAGCACACUGGACUUCCAAGUCUUGAACAAUGGGGUAGUAGAAACAAUUAUGAUGCAAAAUUUUCGCAAAGCCACAUGUAGUAGUAGUGUUAGCGAUGGUUUUUAAUUAUCUUAAUUUAUUGGCACUUGUUAUUUAUGAUCUUUGUUUAAAAAAUUAUACUUAAUUAUAGGAAAUAAUUUCACUGUAUAUUAAUAAUUUAAGCUUUAGAUUUCUAAAUGCCCAUAUAUCAACACUGUCAAAUAUAAAUGCUAUACAUUUAGCAGUUUUCUUUAUAAUAAAUUAUUACCUUGUGUUCCUUUAUUAAGAAAUUCUUAUUUGCUGAAGGUUUUCUAUAUCUACAGCCCAAAGAUACUUUAUGUUUAUAUUGGUAAACAAGAGCCAUUGCAGGUUUGAGAACUAUGUUUGUAAUCACCAAAAGAAUUCUACAUUAUGCAUCUUUUUUUAUUAAGAAUAUUUUAUUUUCAUUUAGUUGCUUGGAAAUUGAUAAUAUAAAUGACAUAUGGGUUAACUUGUUAGUAUCCAGAAUAUUUUUUUACUGACCGUUAAGCAAUUACAUGAUUUCAUCAAAUUACCAAAUUUAUCCAUUUUGGGUACCAUUCUAAUUUCUAUAAAUAGAGUGAGAAUAUGUAGUAUUUAGUUGUGAAGAUUGCAAGGCAUUUAAAUGUGGGUUUGUUGUCAAAGAUAUAGACCACAUUACAUCGUCUCAAGAGAGUUUAGAAUGAAUUAACUGUAAAUUACAUGAAUUCAUUAUUAAGGAACAAAGACAUUUAUUCAUUUUUUUCAGAAUCUUAUAUUUGAAAAAGAAAAAAAUUCACUAUCCUAGUUGUCUUUCUGUUUACUUUUUAAACUUUUAGCAUAGUAAAUAGCAGUAUUAGUUAUAACUGAUUUAUCACUAUUCAUUAAGUAUUUAUUAAAAACCAUCUUUGUGCAGACCACACUAUUAGUGCUGGCAGUAAAAAGAUUGAUAAGUCCUAUCCUGAAAGAGUAAAUACUCUAGCCAAGGAGACAGAUAUAUAAAUAACUAUCAGUGUGGAAGAUGCUGUACUAUCAGUGUGAAUAAAGUACUACAGGAGCCCAGGCAAUCUUAUAUUACAUAUAAAAAUAUUUUAAUUGUGAGCACUAGCACAGAUAAGGUGCAUGGAAAAUGGUGCAUUUGAGCAGGACCUUAUGAAUAGGAAUGGUAUUCAAGGCAAAAAACAUAAUCUGGAAGAAGGCAUGAAACUACACAGAAUUUUUAUUGAAUGACUAAUUUUUGAAGUGGAGACUUGAAAAAAAGUAGGCCAGGGCCAGAUUAUGAUUUACUAAGAAAGCCCUAGUAAAGAAUUAGGACUUAUUUUUGGAGAUUUAGUGAAGGUUAUAAAAAUAAAUCGAUAUUUUCUGUAUUUUAGAAAAUAACUCUGGCUAGAAGAUAGUGAGGUUGACAACAUAAUUCAACUGGUUUUAUAAUCCAGAAACCUGUGAAUCAUCUUUGCUCCAUUACCUAGCUAUCCUGUUAAUUCCUGUCACUUUUACUUCCUAGGUGUUCCUUAAAUAUGUUGACUUAUUUCCUGUUCCAUAGACAUGAUCUUAAUCCAUACUAGCAUUAUGUUACUUGGGCUACUACAGUAACCUCUGACUGGUCUUGAAAGACUACCCUUGCUCUCACCCACUACAUUAUCUAACAUUACUAGAAUUCUGUCAGCUUUCUUUUGGUUAGUAAUUGCCUGGUAUAUCUUGUUUUAUCCUUUACCUUUCAGUCUGUUGGUUUAUUUAUAUUUGUCUCUUGUAAAGAGCAUUUUUUAUUGUACUUUGACAAUUUUUAUCUUUUAAAUAGAACAUUUAGUUUAUUUACACUUAAUAUAAUUGGUGGUAUAUAUCAGUUUAUUUUUGUGAUCUUAUUUUGUGUUAUUUGUCCUACUUUUGCUACUUUUUUUUAUCUUUCCCUUACUCAUUUUAGAGUUAUACUUUUAAAUUUUAUUCUUUGGUGGUUACCCUAGAAAUUUUACUAUGCAUAUAUAACUCAUUAACUUAACAUCUUUAUCCUUCCGAACAAUUCUAAUCGUUCUUUUCCACUUGACGUAUUAUUGCUGACUUUUUCUCUUUUUUAAUGCUCACAAUACAGUAUCAUUUUUGUUGCAUACCAUUGAUAUUUUAUUGCUUUUCCUACAUAUUUCCAACUUCUUUUGCUGUGCAUUUCUUCUGUUAUCUCAUACUUUCUGUGCAUAAUUACUAAAUUUUUGCCACUAGUUACAUCCUUUAAUAUUUCUUUUAGGAUCUGCUGGUAGCAAACUUAGUUUUUAUUUUUAUUACAGUCUUUAUGUUAUUCUUAUUCAUUGGGCAUUGAAUUCUAAGUUAAAAGUUACUUUUCCUUCAGCAUAUAGAUAAUUUCAUUCCAGUAUCUUUUGGCUUUUAUUAUUGCUGUUGAGAAAUCAGCUGUCAGUAUAAUUGUCUCCUUUGAAGGUAACUUUUCUGUUUGUUUUUAAGAUCUAGUCUUUGUCUUUGGUGUACUGCAAAUUGACUAGGAUGAGUCUAGGUGUGGAUUUUAUUGGGCUUUUUGAAAAUGUGUUAUAUUGUUUUCAUUAGUUCUGAACAUUUCCUACCAUUAUUUAUGACUAAAGAUUGAAGGAGAGAUCCUUUCUGUUUCCUUUCAUUCUUUAUAUACUAAGCCCUGGAAAAGUAUACCCCUCCAUGUAGCCAGAAGUUAUAAUAUCUUCAGAGCACUUAAUCAAAACACAUUUCAGUGCUUUUUUGACCACUUUCCCCCAAGGGAAAAAUUUUGUGCCUGUUUCUGCUCCUUCUCUUCUUUGUGCCCUUUCUCUGGGGAAGUUACUGUUCUUGUUGUUUUGUUCUUAGUUGAUUUUAAAUCCUCUUCUCCAAGUUCUCCUUUUCUACUAAAAGAUGUUUUAUACUAUAAGUCCACUAUAAGAGUACCCCACAGAGAUUAGUGAGCAGCGUCCGAAGUAGCCUGAUUUGAGAAGCUGUGCUGAAAUAAAGGGAACCAGGCUAAAGUUUUGCCCUAACAUGUUUCAGUUACAAAAUAAGGAAUGUGUCAAACAAUUAUCUUUGAACUCUAAAGCUGAACACGUAUAUAAAGAAGGGUCAUAAACAAGCCAAAGUUAUGAAGAAUUAAACUUCAGUCAAAAUCUUUGAGAUAGAGAAAAAUCAUUUGAAUAGAAGAUAAGAAAAGUAGUUGGUAAUGUGGAGAGGCUCUGAGAGAUACAAACAUGUAGAGAGUAACUGAAUUCUCUUAAGGGUUGGAAGUUAGGAUGAGUGUGCAUGAACUCAUGAUGUAGAGGUUUGUAUAACUGCCUUAAAUCCCAGUUCUAUAAUCAUUCCUAUUCUUGGAUUCCCGUGAGAUAUCUGUUUUCCUCAUUAAUUUUUUUUCUUUCUCCUACUUCUUUUGUAAAAUCAUGCCUUGUACAUUUACAUUUUUAGAUAGAGGAAUUAAAGAACAUUGAUAAACACCACAAAACACUUUGUGCCCUUUGGAAUGAAUUCUUUGGGCUUUUAUAUUUCUGAAAGAGCCCUCCCGUUUACAUAGCCAUUCUGUUAAUGAAAUUGUUUUUCAUCUAAUCCAGAAAAUUAAACCUUACUUAAGAGUAAGGUACCCUCAUUCUCAACUCUUUUGUCUCCUUUUGGAAUACUGCAGAGUGCCAUCUCUCCCUUUUUUUUUUUAUAACUCUUUUUUCAUAAAGCACCAUUGCUUGAAUCAAGCUUCAUGCCAAGAACAUCAUUUAGACUUGUAGUCCGUCUAUGGCCUCUGUCUGUAAUUUUCCAUUUCCUCUAGUGGGCUUAGUGCUAGUAAUGAUAGAGACAGAGUACAAAAAUUAAAUUGCAAUGGCACCAGCAGGUAAUUUAUUUAUUUGUUUUGUGUGUUUGCUUGCCUGCCUGCCUGCCCACCUGCCUACCUACCUACCUAUUCAUCAACACAUCUGAGAAUGACGUAACACAGACUCAGUAUUCCUGGCAGUUGUCACUGGAAUCUUCUGUUCUCAGUUUCUGAUACCUAAGCUGGGAUCUCUUCUAACAUCUUUCCCUUUCUGAUCUUUUAGCAGAAAGGGGGAAAAUAUCCUGGGGAGAUCCCAAACAAAAGCCCCUAAUAUUGUAUGGGAUUAAGAUUUUUACUUUUCUUGGCAGGCCAGACUUGCUUCUGGGGUGAGGCAAAAAAAAAGUUCUAAACUCUGCUGCUGUAAUAGCUGCUAAGACUGAGUCAUCAUUGGAUAAAUGAUAUUACGAAUAAGUAAUAGACUUCUAGCAAAUCCAGUUGCUUAUAUUAAAGUAGUAUACCUAGACAUUAAAUGAGGAAGAUUUGGCACACAUGCAUACAAAAUCUAUUUUAUUAAAAUAAGUGAUUUCAGCACUUAACUAAUUAUAUUGAAAGUUUGCUUUAAAAUCUUGUAAGUAUAAAAAGGAUAAUGAUUGUUUCAAGGACAGUUUACAUUACAAUAUUGAUUUGCUUUUCAGAGGAGCAUUAGAUCUUACUUUGUCUCUGGUUAAUAUGUACAGCUUUAACACUUCUGAUGUCCAGAGAAUAUUUAUUAUCUUUUUUUUUUAACUUUUCUUUCUUUUUUCAGUUUAUUAUCUUUUAAAUUUUAGGGAUUAAUCUGAUCCAUAAACAGAUUAUGUUAGGGUAUGUAUGCUUUCUAACAAAGGUGAUUUAUUUGUGGUACAUAUGUUAUCAGGUACAGUAAAGGUUUUUUUCCCACAGCUCCUCCUCUUCUAUGCCCUAAACUGAUUUAGAUGAUAAUACCCUCAUUUAUUUUCAGAUAUAUUCCAUUUAUAGAUAUAAUUUUUUGUGCUAAAUUUGAUAUGGUUCGUCUUGACACAUGAUCAGUAAUUGUAUCUUUCACAUUGAAGGAAAAAUAACAUUUCUGGCUCUUCUUAAUUAAUGCUUAGGGUAAAUAAAUUCCCAUUUUAGGACAAAUUCUUUUCUAUAUUCUAUUGAGGUAUAUUUAAUUAAUAAAACAUUUCUCCUUAACUAUUGUAGGAAAUUUAGAAAAUAAAGAAUGGUAUAAAAAACAAAGUUGAAAUCACUUGCAAGAACACUGCCUGGAGUCAGUCAAUUUUAGUAUUUUGUGGUAUUUUAGCAUACAUAUACAUUUUUGUUUCCAGCAUAAUUUUUUCAGCUAGCACAUCACAUACAAAAUUUACCUUGUUAUUGAAUAUUCUUUUGACACUUCUUUAUUGUUGCUUUUUAAUGCUCCAUUAGGAGCCCUGAUGGCACAGUGGUUAAAGCACUUGGCUAUUAACCAAAAGGUUGGCGGUUUGAACCCACCAGCCACUCCAUAGGAGAAAGAUGUGGCAGCCUGCUUCCAUAAAGAUUUACAGCCUUGGAACCUUACGGGGCAGUUCUGCUCUGUCCUGUAGGGUCACUAUGAAUUGGAAUCAACUCUACGGCAGUGGGAACACUCCAUUACAUUUCGAUUUAUUUAAUGGUUUGAAAUUUAGGUUUCUACUUUUUGCUAUUAUAUAAGAAUAUUGCUAUGAACAACCCUAUAUUUAAUUUUGUGUUCUUUCUGAUCUACAUUUUAGGAAUAUGCCCUAUGAAUCCAAAGGUGUAGAAUAAAGGAUAUAUUUAGGCUACUAGAUGCAUAUCGUCAAAUUGCCUCCCAGAAAGGUUGUACUCCUGACAGAAUGCCCAUUUAACUCCACUCUCGUCAACACUUGAGCAUAAUUACUUUAAAAAGCUUUCAAUUUGUUUAUAAAAAUUGAUACCUUGUUAAUGACAAUUUGCUUGGAUAUUAAUAUCUUGAACAAUUUUCUGUGUUUACCGGUCAUUUAUUUUUCUUUUGUCAAUUAUCAUAUAUUUACGCAAAUAAUGCGUGUCAUCUAUGUUUGUUUGCCAACCACUCCCUCCUCCCACAAGGUAUUUUUGUAAGCUCUGCUACACUGAUUUUUUUAUAGGUUAAAAAAUGAGCAUGGUGUACUUAUAGAAUUACCUCUCUGGAGGAGGAAAUGAUUGGCAAGCAAACACAGAAGGCAUGUGUUAUUUGUGUAAAAGUAUGGUACUCAUCUUAUGUUUUGUUUCUUAUUAGGAUAUAACUUUAUCAUUGAUAUGCAGAAUCUUUUAAUAUCCCAAAGUUAUUAAAUAUUUGGCAUAUUUUAGUAAAUAUUUUUCAUUUAAUUUAAAUUUUUGUUUCUAGACUUAGUUACUUUAUAUAUCAUAUCUCCAGUGCUGUCAUUUUGGAUCCACUAGUUUUCCUUCCUUCAUCUUAACUUGGACAAGGUCAGAUGGAUAUCUCCUGGGAGGCCAAUUCUGAGACUUUCUGGACUUUGAAGAGUAGACUAAAGUGAUUUUCCUUAUCAGGAAAAUCAGGGGCUCUUGUCCUCCUGGAUACACGUACCUUUUUGUUUUCCUCUGAGGGGCAGGAAAAGUAUUUGCCACUAUUCUCACCUCUGUCUCUCCUUUGAUAUAUUCUCUUUCCUGUGCCUUCUGUGUCCCCUAAAAUUUGGGCUGCCAGAAAGAUGUAAGGUUCUUUAAUCUGAUUCUGGCUGCAGCAAGGAGCUGGAGAGAACCAGGAAGUUCCUGUAUUUCUUCCAUCAGAGGUACAGCAGCCCUUCUAGUAUGUAAAGGAAGGAGAAUGGUGGAAAGUAAGACUAGCCACCAAAAUGAAGUACACCAUGUCACUAUAAUUUAAGAAAGCUUUAAUUUAAGGCAAAGAAGUCAGUUAAGCCAUCCAGGUAUUCUACAUUCUUUGUGAUGUGCCAUGGGCUUUUGGUUUUGGGACCUUCAUUAAUUAGCAUUCUAAUCUGGCCUAUAUCAUGCAACUUUUCCACCCCUUACUUUUCUUAUCUGGAAAAUGAGGGCAUUGGAGAUAGGAUCUAUAAAGUAACUUUCUGCUCAAAAUUUUUAUGAUUAGCUAUUUAUACUUUUUUUUUUUUCUUUUAUCCUGUCCUUAUGCCCUUUGGGAUAAUAAACUCUUUUCCAAUUUUAUUGAACCAGACACUGCAACAGACAAGUUAAAUACUUCUUAUUAUGUAGUAACAACCAGCCUGUAAGGUAGGGACUCACAUAAGUUAGGAUUAGGUUCAGCUGUAAUAAACCCACUGCUGUUGGGUUGAUUCCGACUCAUAGUGACCCUAUAGGACAGAGGAUAAUAAACUUGUUCAUUGUUUCUCUAGACCUCCCAUUCUGCCCAUUGGCAACAUAUACUGUAAUUAAAUAUCUAUAUCUCUCUAUCCAUCUAUCCAUCUUUGUUGGACAAAUUAGCAGAGUGAUUUAUAUUUGUGUAUAAGAAAUACUGCACUAGAAUAUUACUAACUUUCAUUUUAGAUUUUUAGUUUGUCAUAUUUGAGAGAUGAAAUUAGAUUAGACCUCUUCAGCGUUUUGGAAAUAUAUGUAGAUAUAAACGUUAUUGAUAAAAGGUUGUAUCUACCCCCAGAAUACUGUCGUGAGUCAGUGAAACUGAAGGUAACAUAGAUUCUGAAUCCUUAUGUUUUCAGAAAGUCCUGGAAAUAUUUUUAAAACCGUAGGCAUUAGAAAUAUUCUGACAAAAUUCCUUGUUAAUUAUGUCUGCCUGCCAAAAUUUCUAUGGCUUUUACAUGUAUAAGCUGUUCUUCACAAUUUUUCCUGACAAAAUGUAUAGUGUCAUUUGUUUUUUUUUUUUUCUUUUAAAUCCAGUUUCCAUGUAUAUCCUGUACUAUACAUUCUCGGGUGUUUUGUUACAUUAUAAAUUGCUGCUAAUCAGAAGCUUUAAAACCCGGAAGUUUGUGAUCCCCACCAUUCAGCCUAGCACAGGCAUAGGUAUUAACUGUAUUAACUGCUGACUGUAUGCUUCACUUAGGCAGAAUAGCUAGAGGCUUGUUUGUCAUUCUGAAAGUAGAGCUCUCAUAAACCAAACCAAACCCAUUGCCAUCGAGUCAAUUCUGACUCAUCGCGACCCUACAGGACAGAGUAAAAAAGUAGAGCUGCACUAAUGGGAUUUCCAAGGAGCAAUUGGUGGAUUUGAGGGCCAACCUUUUGGUUAACAGCCGAACACUUAACCACUGCUCUCAUAGACCUUUAUCAACAAUGGCAUUUUAUAAUUUGUGUUUAUCUAUAGUUCAUCUCUUUUCAUUUAACCUUUAAAUUUUAGUUUGGAAAUUACCUGGGCUACAUGAAUGAGCUUUCAAUUAAUAAGGUAUUUUGUAUAAGAAUCUCUUGUGCACAAACAUGACAGAGAGUAACUCUUUUACUCUACUUGCUGAAUAAGGAAAUAUUAAUACCCUAAUUUUAUAUGGAGAACUGAACCUUAAAGUGAUUGAGUAGGUCCAUUAGUUUACUUGGUAAUUGUUUUAGAUAAGGUUUGAUCUAGUAUUCACCCCAGUUCUUCGCUUUAUUUACUGUGUUACUUUUGGAGAUUUUUUUUUUUUUAGUAGGUUUAUUGGUAUUUUAUACAAUUUAGAUGUCAGCAAGGACCUGUCAACCUCUUACAUCCUGGGUGAGAAUGGUUUGCUACCUACCCUCUACCACCACCACUGCUCAGUUUUGUGACUUGUGAAAGCCCAGAGCCCAAGAUACCAGUAAUUCCUAGGAGACUUUCACCUUCUCAUGGUUAUCUUUUCGUGGACUUCUGCUCCUUAGCCUGAUGUCUUUACCUUUGCAUUGACCUACAUGAGAAAGUCAACCCAUUCCUCACAUGUAAGAGUAGUAGUGGUUAGUGGUGGUACUUCAUUAAAUUUCAAAACUUAAAAUUUCUGACCCUCUAGUUCCAUUUAUACUGUUUCAUCAACUCUAAGGUAUACUUUUUUUCCUUCACAUUUUAACGUCUCUGAAAUUGGAAUGGCCCUUCAAUGAGCGUGUCAGUCUUAAGUCAAUUUCCCUGGGAAACAGAUUCUGAGGCAGAGAUUUGCAUGCAGUUUAUUGGUGAGUACUUGCAGGGACAACACCUGAAAGAGAAUAACAGAAGCAAGACUAGUUGCAGGAAAAGUUGGAAUUGUGGUGCUCUUGCAACAUAGGUCUCAGCUGUUACUGUGGGUAGCUCUGAAACUAGAAUUGUUCCACACAGUUGUCCCUGAUUGAGGCAUAAGGGCUAAUCCUUGUACUUCUACAUCGUUAGAUGCCAGAACUUAUAGGGAAGGGGUCAUUACCUUGAAGAAGAGGCUGUCUUUAGUUCUUAGAGAGUGACUCACGGGUAAGCUGUCGAUACACAAUUCUCCUGCCAUGGGGAACGAGUGCUUCAUUUCUGGGAGGAGAGAUCUGCAUGGCCCACUACAGCGUCUACUAUACUGUGUCACAUAGCUGCUUUUUAUUUUUUAGUGGUACAUAAAAUACUGGUGGCUCUUAAAAUCAGUGGCCUCAUGCAUUCAAUAAAACGUGAUACUUUCAAGGAAGAUUUAAAGAUCGUAUUGAUAAAAGAAGCUGGACUACUUGAAGAAGAAUGAGGCAUCGGCUUUGGAGGAAGACUCAUUAACAACCUGCAAUAUGCAGAUGACAAACAGCCUUGCUUGCUGAAAGUGAGGAGGACUUGAAGCACUUAUUGAUGAAGAUCAAAGACUACAGACUUCAGUAUGGAUUAUACCUCAACAUAAAUAAAACAAAAAUCUUCACAACAGAGCCAAUAAGCAACAUCAUGAUAAACAGAGACAAGAUUGACGUUGUCGAGGAUUUCAUUUUACUUGGAUCCACAGUCAAUGCCCAUGGAAGCAGCAGUCGGGAAAUCAAACAUGUUGCAUUGGGUAAAUCUGCUGCAAAAGACCUCUUUAAUGUGUUAAAAAGCAAAGAUGUCACUUUGAGAACUAAAGUGCCCCGACCCAAAAACCAAACCCAUUGCUGCCAAGUCGAUUCCGAUUCAUAGAGACCCUAUAGGACAAGGUAGAACUGCCCUACAGGGUUUCCAAGGAGCACCUGGUGGAUUUGAGCUGUCAACCUUUUGGUUAACAGCUGUAGCUUUUAACCACUAUGCCACCAGGGUUUCCACAAUUGCCUCAUAUGCUUGUGAAAGCUGGAUGAUGAAUAAGGAAGACUGAAGAAGAAUUGGUGCAUUUGAAUUAUGGUGUUAGCAAAGAAUACUGAAUAUUUAGUGAAACCUGUGAGAGCCUCAGCUCACCUGGGCUUGUUUUUCUGAGUUGCACCUCUCACAGGUUUCACUGAAAGUUUUCUGCCUUUGAGCGGGUGCAGUCUUAACCACUUUUCUAUCGCUUGCUUUAGUGGACAUAUUUGAGCUUUCUGUGUCUGUCAAGUUUCUGCCUUACACAGGGUCCGGCUUUCACAGGUUUUACUGUACCAUGGACUGCUGGAAGAAUGAACAAAUCUGUCUUGGAAGAAGUACAGCCAGGAUGCUGUAGAAGCGAGAGUGGAGAGACUUUACCUCAUGUACUUCGGACGUGUUAUCAGGAGGGUCCAAUACCUGGAGAAGGACAUCAUGCUUGGUAGAGGGUCAUCAAAAAAGAGGAAGACCCUCAGUGAGAUGGAUUGACAGCUUUGAAUUGUGGUGCUGGUGAAGAAUAUUGAAUUGAAUAUACCGUGAACUGCCAGAAGAAUGAACAAAUAAAUCUGUCUUGGAAGAAGUACAACCAGAAUGCUUUUUAGAAGCAAGGAUGGUGAGACUGUCUUACAUACUUUGGACAUGUUGUCAGGAGGGAUCAGUCCCUGGAGAAGGACAUCACGCUUGGUAAAGUACAGGGUCAGCAGAAAAGAGGGCAUCCCCAAUAAGAUGGAUUGACACAGUGGCUGCAACAAUGGGCUCAAGCAUAAUGACUUGAGCGUGGCUCCAGACCUGGCAGUGUUUCCUUCUGUCGUACUUAGGGUCUCUAUGAGUCGGAACUGACUCGACGGCACCUAACAACAACAACAACCAUAUGCCAGAUGCUGUUUUAGGAGUGGCAAUGUGUAUAAAAUCCCUCCUCUCAUAGAUCUUACGUUACAAUGGAGUAAGACAGAGUAAACAAAUACAUUAUAUCUCAGGUGGUAUGAAACUUGCAUAAUGAUGUGUAAUUUUAGAGUCAUCUUGAGGUCGAUACUGCCUUAAUAUGAUUCUCUGACCACGGGUCUGUAAGGACAUACAAACUUGCCUAACUGAUGCUUCUUGAUUAAUGUGCUACAUCAAGUUUUCUGCCUCAGUAGUAGAAAUAAUGAGCCUUUUACAGUUAUAUUGCCAAAACCUUUGAGGUUGAACGAGGGACUGUUUGUGUGUGUGUGUUUGCAUGCAAUAUGGUUCAUAAACUUGGUUUCCAUGCAUGUUAUUAGAUUUUGCAAUUUUACUCAUUGUGUCACAAGGGAACAUUAUUAAACAAAACAUUAUUGUGUGUUUUUGGGUAUGUGCUCACUAUUGUUCACAGAACAUUAGAGACACGGAAUCUUUCCUGGGGUGUUAAACUGUUGGAAAAAUACCCUAUAGAUAAUGGUUGUUUUUUUGUUUUAGUCAAACCCAUUUCUUACUUACUAAUUUUGUGUUGUGAGGAAAACUUGUGUUCUUCCUGAAAUGCAGCUUUUAGGAAAUGAAAUAAAAACAAAAGUAUUGCAUUUUGGGUCACAUUAUAGAACAACCUGCCUAAUAUUAAGUUUUCAUGCAGUGUGAACUUCAAAAACAUAAGGAUACAUUAAAAUAUCUUGUUCCUUCAGUAAAUUACGUGUAACUUGAGUACUAACUUACUUUAGCGGUUUUAACCUUUUCUUAUUUUUAUCCAUUAACUAUACUUGGAAUCAAAUAUUCCAAUAGACAUCUAAAUAUCUUUUUCAUCUCUAGGCUAACUAUGAAGGCAAAAUUAUGUUAGAAUUAAUACGGGGCAUGGCAAAUACACCUACUCCUCACUUACUGACAUGGUUAGGUUCUAAAGACCAGCUACUUAGAAGAAAUCAGCAUUAUGCAAGAGUUGGAGGCUGUGCCCCGUCUCUGGCACCAGUGUACCUCCUGUUGCUCACUGGUCAUUGGGUGCCCCCAGUGUGUCUGGGGAUGCUUGUGGUGCGGUGGUCCCCCCUUCACCACCACAUGUUCCCCACCUCCGUGGAACCUGAGGAGGUUGGGGGUGGUGGUGAGGCUGUUUGGGUGUUGCCUCCCGCUGCCUUCCCUGGGCGGGGGUCCCGUUCCUCCUCUGCCUGCCCUGGCCCGCUAGCCCCACACAGCCCACUUCCCCCCGUCCCGCUCCCUGCCUACCCCCGUCAACCUCCCCAGCACCUUUGGCACUCUCCGGUAUAUUGUUUGGAGUGGCCAGGUGAAGGCUCCCUGGGCUGGGCAGCAGCCCCACAUGGGCCCAGAUCUUCCGAGGCGCUGCCUGAGAAUUCUUUUCAAAGUUGUCAUAAAUGCGAUUGUGAGCAUGGCGCAGGACCUGGCAGUGUUUCAUUCUGUGGUACAUAGGGUCUCUAUGAGCUAGAACUGACUUGAGGGCACCUAACAACAACAACAACAACAACAAGAAGUAAGUGAGGAGUAGGUAUAAAAGUAUUAGCAGGUUCAUGGAUAAUGAACUUUUCAUGAUUUAUCUGUGGUUGUCAUUAAUAAUAUUUAAAAUAUAUUUUUAAAUCUUCUUUCCAUUCAUGCAGUCAUUAUUUCAAUUGGUGAAAUAAUAUAUGUAAAGAGUGUGUUACCCAGUGCCGAGAUCGUACUCAACAAAUGGAAGCAUUUCAUUUCCCCUCCCAUCCUGUUUAGUUUAUUCAGCAAGCAUUUAUUAAAUCUUUCUUUUGCACCCCCCCGGCCCCUGCAAAAAAAACAAAAAAAACCCAAACCCAUUGCUAUCGAGUUGAUUCCAACUUAUAGUGACCCUAUAGGACAGAGUAGAACUGCCCCAUAGAGUUUACAAGGAGGACCUGGUGGAUUCAAACCGCUGAUCUUUUGGUUAGCAGACAUACCUCUUAACCAUUAUGCCACCAGGGUUUCCUCUCGUGCCCCGGGUAGUGUUAUUUAUGUUAUAGGGCAUGCAAAAGGGAGAAGAGAGGAUCUCUACCCUCAAGGAACAUGUACUUUAGUUAUGAGAGAGACACAUAGGCAAAUAAUUAUAGUACUUUGUAUCAAGUAUUCUAAUCUAACAUAACUAAGUAAAUAAUAUUUGAGAACAGGAGUUACCUAGUUAAAGAAGUUAACCAUAGGUGACGUUUGAAAUGAAUCUUGGGAGAUAAUUUGCCAAGUGAAGACCAGGGAGGACUUUAAUAGGAGAGGGAACUGUGUAUCCAAAGCACAGAGGCAUGUCUGCCUUCUUAAAAAAACCUUGGCCACACAGACACCAGUGAGCUUCCCCGGUUAGCAACACUUCACGUAUAUUGUCACACAUUGUUACUGGGGGAAUUAAACACAUCUCGUACAACUUCACUAAGACAGGACACUUGAAAGCUUUUACUUGGUUUCCUCCAGACUUUAUCCCAUGUGCCUUUUCCCUUUGCUGAUUUUACUGUAUAUCCUGUUGCUGUAAUAAACGAUAAUCAUGAGCAUAACAACUUCUGAGUACUGUGAAUAUGUCAAGCGUGGUCUAGGGGACCCUGAUACAAUACCUCAAUUUGAGUUUGAGGUUUUUUUUUUUUUUUUGAAGAGUACCACAGAAUUGAUGUACCUUUCUCACUGAGUCAGAGUAGAUGAUAAAAAAAAAAUUAAAAAAAUGUCUUACUACUGGUGACAUUAACAUUGAUCACUUGGUUAAGGUAGUGUCUGUUGAGUUUCUUCUCAGUGAAGUUACUUUUUUCCUUUUUAUAAUUAAGAAAUACUGUGCAGGAGAUGCUUUCAGUCUAUCCAAACUACCUGUUUCUCCCCAAAAUUUCCCCCAAAGGGAAAGCUUACUGAUAUGAUGAGAUUUGUGAGUUAAUUAUUUAAAAAUAAUUAUUAUAAAAUCAGCUAAGCUUCUGUUUUCUCAUACAUUCUGUGUCUCCUUUCCUAUCAUUUUAAAAGGUUUUCCUCAUGUAAUCUGCCUCUUCACCAUGUUUGGUUAAUUUUUUUCUUAUUAGAAGAUAGGAUUUACAGCUGGCCGUUUAAACAUCUAGGGAACUUUAAUCACAUAAGGCAAUUAAGCAACUUCAGUUGGGUUAAUCUGUACAGAAGGCCCCAAACCUCUUUAAAGUGCUUUCCUUUUAUUGUAACCUUAUUUUUCUUUUUAUGAAAAUUCAUGUUCAUAUAUCAUAUUCUUUGUCACUAUUGGAGCCCUGGGGGCACAGUGGCUAAGAGCUCAGGUUGCUAACCAAAAAGAUGACGGUUCAAACCUACCAGCUGCUCUUUGGAAACCCUAUAGGGUAGUUCUACUCUGUCCUAUAGGGUCCCUAUGAGUUGGAAUCAACUUGAUGGCUCAGGUUUGGUUUGGUUUCGUUUGUCACUAUCAGGGCAAACAGUAGUUUUAUUUUUUCCCUUUUUUUUUUUUUUUUUAAUCUUUGCUAACCACCAUCUAUUAACAGCUCUGUCCUAUUGCACAUACAUAAAAGAAGCUCUAUAAACUUUACUUAAGUGGUGAGUCAGUACUUUCUUCUGGGCUCCUGCCCUAUGCUGCACUCUUGCCCUCCUCUUUAACUACUGGUACCAAAUCUAUACAGUAGUAGCUUUCAUUGAAGUGGGUUAACUAAGAAGGUUGAGUGGUGUUACUUUGGAAUAAUUGUGUAAAAUCGCACUGUAUUGGGUUUUUAGAGACAAAUGUGAAACUGGUGCUAGAAUAUUUACUAAUUCCUUUUGCCUAGACCGUUGGUUCUCAAUCCCAGCUGCACGAUUAGAAUCACCAAGGAAUCUACUAUAAAAUACCUAUUCCCUGAGCCAUAGCCACACUGAUUAAAUCAGAAUCUCUGGAGUAUACUAAGUAUCUGUAUUUUUAAAACUCUUCAGAUGAUUCUUAGGCAGCUCUGGCUGAGAAUCACUGACUUAGAGAAGUGAUUCUCAAAGUGUGAUCUGGGAGCUCUUUGGCUCCCUAAAACCCUGGGAUCUACAAGGUCAAAACUCUUCCAAUACGGAAGCAUUAUUUGUCUUUUUCAUUGUCAUUGUCUCAGGAGUGCACAUAGUUCGUUGUUAGAAUUUCAGAUUAGACAUUGCAACUGACUUUAUUAUUUUAAUUUUUAUUGUGCUUUAAGUGAAAGAUUACAAACCAAGUGAGUCUCUCAUGCAAAAAGUUGUAUACACCUUGUUAUAUACUCCUAGUUGCACUCCUUCUAAUGAGACAGCUCACUCCCUCCCUUCAUUCUCUAUUUUCCUGUCCCUUUGCCUAGCAUCUGACCCCCUCUGCCCUCGCAUCUCUUCUCCAGACAAGAGCUGCCCACAUAGCCUCAUGUGUCUACUUGAUCCAAGAAGCUCACUCUUCACCAGUAUCAUUUUCUAUCCCGUAGUCCAGUCAAACCCAUGUCUGAAGAGUUGGCUUUGGAAACGGUUCCUCUCUUGGGCUAACAGAAGGUCUGGGGACCAUGACCUCUGUGAUCCUUCUAGUCUCAGUCAGACCAUUAAAUCUGGUAUUUUUAUGAGAAUUUGAGGUCUGCAUCUCAGUGCUCUCCUGCUCCCUCUGGAGUUCUCUGUUACGUUCCCUGUCAGGACAGUCAUCAGUUGUAGCCGGGCACCAUCUAGUUCUUCUGGUCUCAGACUGAUUUAGUCUCUGGUUUAUGUGGCCCUUUCUGUCUCUUGGGCUUAUAAUUACCUUGUGUCUUUGGUGUUCUUCAUUCUCAUUUGCUCCAAGUGGUUUGAGACAAUUGAUGCAUCUUAGAUGGCUGCGUGCUAGGGUUUAAGACCCCAGACACCACUCUCCAAAGUGGGAUACAGAAUAUUUUGUUAAUAGAUUUUAUUAUGCCAGUUGACUUAGAUGUCACCUGAAACCAUGGUCCCCAAGCCCCCACCCCUGCUGUGCUGGCCUUCCAAGCUUUCGGUUUAUUCAGCAAACUUCUUUGCUUUUGGUUUAGUCCAGCUGUGCUGAGCUCUGCUGUAUUGUGUGUUGUCUUUCUCUUUACCUAAAAUAGCUCUUACCUACUAAUUGGUGAAAACCCCUCUCUCUCCCUCCCACCCCUUCUCGUAACCAUCAAAGAAUAUUUUCUUCUCUGAUUAAACUAUUUCUCCAGUUCUUAUAAUAGUGGUUUCAUACACUAUUUGUCCUUUGGCAACUGACUAAUUUUACUCAGCAUAAUGCCUUCUAGAUUCCUCCAUGUUAUGAAAUGCUUCACAGAUUCAUCAUUGCUCUUUACUGAUGCAUAGUAUUCCAUUGUGUGAAUAUAUCAUUAUUUAUCCAUAGCUGGGCAAUCCUUGGUUGCUUCCAUCUUUUUGCUAUUGUAAACAGUGCUGCAAUUAACAUGGGUAUGUGUAUAUCUGUUCAUGUAAAGGCCCUUAUUUCUCUAGGAUAUAUUCCAAGGAGUGGGAUUGCUGGAUCCUAUGGUAGUUCUAUUUCUAGCUUUUUAAGGAAGUGCCAAAUCGAUUUCCAAAGUGGUUGUACCAUUUUACAUUCCCAUCAGCAGUGUGUAAGUGUUCCAGUCUCUCCACAACCUCUCCAACAUGUAUUAUUUUGUAUUUUUUGGAUUAAUGCCAACCUUGUUGGAGUAAGAUGGAAUCUCAUUGUAGUUUUGAUUGGCAUUUCUUCAAUGGCUAAUGAUCGUGAGCAUUUCCUCAUGUAUCUGUUAGCUACCUGAAUGUCUUCGUUAGUGAAGUGCCUGUCCAUAUGAUUUGUCUGUUUUUUAAUUGGCUUAUUUGUCUUUUUGUAGUUGAGUUUUUGCAGUAUCAUAUAGAUUUUGGAGAUCAGCCGCUGAUCAGAAAUUUCAUACCUAAAAGCUUUUUCCCGGUCCACAGGUAAUCUUUUUACUCUUUUGGUGAGGUCUUUGGAUGAGCAUAGGUGUUUGUUUUUUAGGAGCUCCCAGUUAUCUUGUUUUUCUUCUGCAUUGUUAGUAAUGUUUAUGCCAUGUAUUAGGGCUCCUAACGUUGUCCCAAUUUUUUCUUCCAUGAUCUUUAUCAUUUUAUAUUUAGGUCUUUGAUCCAUUUUGAGUUAGUUUUUGUGCAUAGUGUGAUGUAUGGGUCUUGUUUCAUUUUUUUGCAGUUGGAUAUCCAGUUAUGUCAGCACCAUUUGUUAAAAAGACUGUGUGUUCCCCAUUUAACUGACUUUGGGCCUUUGUCAAAUAUCAGCUGCUCAUAUGUGGAUGGAUUUAUGCCUAGAUUCUCAAUUCUAUUCCAUUGGUCUAUGUAUCUGUUGUUGUACCAGUACUAGAGUGUUUUGACUACUGUGAUGGCAUAAUAGGUUCUAAAAUCCAGUAGAGUGAGGCCUCCCACUUUGUUGUUCUUUUUCAGUAAUGCUUUACUUAUCCGGGGCCUCUGUCCCUUCCAUAUGAAGUUGGUGAUUUGUUUGUCCAUCUCAUUAAAAAAUGUCAUUGGAAUUUGGAUCAGAAUUGCAUUAAAUCUAUAGAUCGCUUUUGGUAGAAUAGACAUUUUUACAAUGUUAAGUUUUCCUAUCAAUGAGCAAGGUAUGUUUUUCCACUUAUGUAGGCCUCUUUUGGUUUCUUGCAGAAGUGUUUUGUAGUUUUCUUUGUAUAAGUCUUUUACAUCUCUGGUAAGAUUUAUUCCUAACUAUUUAUCUUCUUGGGGGCUACUAUAAAUGGCAUUGAUUCGGUGAUUUCCUCUUCGAUGUUUUUUUAAUUGAUGUAGAGGAAUCCAACUGAUUCUUAUAUGUUUUUCUUGUAUCCUGAUACUCUGCUGAACUGUUCUAUUAGUUUCAGUAGUUUUCUUGAGGAUUCUUUAGGGUUUUCUGUGUAUAAGAUCAUGUCAUCUGCAAAUAGAGGUAAUUUUACUUCUUCCUUACCAAUCUGGAUGCCCUUUAUUUGUUUAUCUAGCCUAAUUGCUCCAGCUAGGACCUCCAGCACAAUGUUGAAUAAGAGCGAUGGUAAAGGGCAUCCUUGUCUUGUUUCCGAUCUCAAGGGGAAUGCUUUCAGACUCUCUCCAUUUAGGAUGAUGUUGGCUGUUGGCUUUGUAUAAAUGCCCCUUAUCAUGUUGAGGAAUUUUCCUUCAAUUCCUAUUUUGCUGAGAGUUUUUAUCAUGAAUGGGUGUUGAACUUUGUCAAAUGCCUUUCCUGAAUUAAUUGAUAAGAUCAUGUGGCUCUUGUCUUUUGUUUUAUUUAUAUAAUGGAUUACAUUCAUUGUUCUUAUAAUGUUGAACCAUCCCUGCAUACCUGGUAUGAAUCCUACUUAGUCAUGGUGAAUUUUUUUUUUUUUUUGAUUAAAAAAAAAAAAACCCAAACCCAGUGCUGUCAAGUCGAUUCCGACUCAUGUUGUUGAAUUCUGUUGGCUAGAAUUUUGUCGAAGAUUUUUGCAUCUAAGUUCAUGAGGGACGUAGGUCUGUAAUUUCCUUUUUUAUGGUGUCUUUACCUGGUUUUAGUAUCAGGUAUACGCUGGCUUCCUAGAAUGAGUUUGGGAGUAUUACGUCCUUUUCUAUGCUCUGAAAUACCUUUAGUAGUAGUGGUUUUAACUCUCCUCUGAAAGUUUGGUAGAAUUCUGCAGAGAAGCCAUCGGCCAGAGCUUUUUUUUUUUUUGGGAGUUUUUAAAUUACCUUUUCAAUCUCUUCUUUUAUUAUGGGUUUAUUUAGUUGUUCUGCCUCUGUUUCUAUUGGUUUAGGUAGGUUGUGUGUUUCUACAAAUUCAUCCAUUUCUUCUAGGUUCUCAAAUUUGGUAGAGUACAAUUUUUCACAAUAAUCUGAUAUGAUUCCUUUAAUUUCAGUUGUGUCUGUUGUAAUAUCCCCCAUCUCAUUUCUUAUUUGGGUUAUUUGCUCCCUCUUCUGUUUUUCUUCUGUCAGUUUGGCCAAUGGUUUAUCAAUUUUGUUAAUUUUUUCAAAGAACCAGGUUUUGGUCUUGUUAACUCUUUGAAUUGUUUUUCUGUUCUCUAUUUCAUUUAAUUCUGCUCUUAUUUUUAUUAUUUGCUUUCUUCUGGUGCCUGACAGUUUCUUUUGUUGCUCUCUUUCUAUUUGUUCAAGUCGUAGGGAUAAUUCUUUGAUUUUGGCCCUUUCUAUUUUUGUAAUCAUGCAUUUAUUGGUAUAAAUUGACCUCUGAGCACUGCUUUCUCUGUGUCCCAAGGUUCUGAUAGGAAGUGUUUUCAUUCUCAUUGGAUUAUAUGAAUUUCUUUAUUCCAUCCUUGAUGUCUUCUAUAACCCAGUCAUUUUUGAGCAGGGUAUUGUUCAGUUUCCAAGGUUUGAUUUCUUUUCCCUGCUUUUUCCGUUAUUGAUUUCUGCUUUUAUGGCUUUAUUGUCAGAGAAGAUGCUUUGUAAUAUUUUGAUGUUUUGGAUUGCGUUAAGGCCUGCUUUGUGACCUAUUAUGUGGUCUAUUCCAGAAAAUGUUCCAUGUGCAUUGGAAAAGAAAGUAUACUUGGCUGCUGGUGGGUGGAGUGUUCUGUAUACAUCUGUGAGGUCGAGUUGGUUGAUUGUGGCGUUUAGAUCUUCUGCGUCUUUAUUGAGCUUCUUUCUGGAUGUUCUGUCCUUCAGUGAAAGUGGUGUGUUGAAGUCCACUAUGAUUGUGUCACUGUCUAUCUCACUUUUCAAUGCUGUUAGCGUUUGUUUUAUGUAUCUUGCAGCCCUGUCAUUGGGUGCAGAAAUAUCUAAUAUGGCUCUAUCCUCCUGGUAUGUUGUCUCUUUAAUCAUUAUAUAGUGCCCUUACUUAUCCUUUAUGAUGAAAUUAACUUUAAAGUCUAUUUUAUCAGAAAUUAAUAUUGCCACUCCUGCAUUUUUUUUUUGAUUGUUGUUUGCUUGAUAUAUUUUUUCCAUCCUUUGAGUUUUAGUUUGUGUCUCCAAGUCUAAGGUGUGCCUCUUGUAGGCAGCAUAUAGACGGAUUGUGUUUUUUUUAUCCAUUCUGCCACCCUCUGCCUCUUUAUGGUUGCAUUUAUUCCAUUUACAUUCAGUGUCAUUAUGGAGAAGUAUGAGUUUACUGCUGUCAUUUGGAUGUCUUUUUUUUGUGUGUUUUGUUGACAGUUUCUUUUUCCCACUUAAUUUUUUGUGCUGAGUAGUUUAUAUUUUGUCUUUUCCUUAUAUUCGUUGUAUUUGAUUUUGUUUCUGCUGAGUCUCUAUUUUUUUAUUGUAUUUUAUUUUGAUGAAUAUGAUUAUUAGUCUCCUUAGUGGUUACCUUAAUAUUUACCCCUAUUUUUCUAUGUUUAAACCUAAAUUUUAUUUCUUUGUAUUGCCUUGUCUUCCUCUCCAUCUGAAAGAUCUAUGAGUAUAUUUCUUAGUACCCUUUUAUUGUUUUAAUGUUGUCUUUUACAUAAUGACAUCGCUGUUUUACUGUUUUGAGCAUUUUUUUAUCUUGAUUUAUUUUUGUGAUUUCCCUCUCUGGGUCGAUAUCUGAUUGUUCUGUCUAAGUGUUGUAGUCUUGGGUUGAUAUCUGAUAUUAUUGGUUUUCCAACCAGAGAACUCCCUUUAGUAUUUCUUGUAGUUUUGGUUUGGUUUUUACAAAUUUCCUAAACUUCUGUUUAUCUGGAACUGUCCUAAUUUUGCCUUCAUAUUUGAGAGACAGUUUUGCUGGAUAUGUGAUUCUUGGCUCUCAUUUUUUUUUUCCUUCAUUGUUUCAUAUAAGUUAUCCUGUUGCUUUCUUGCCUGCAGGGUUUCUGCGGAGUAGUCCGAGUUUAUUCUUAUUGACUCUCCUUUGUAAGUGACUUUUCAUUUAUCCCUUGCUGCUCAUAAAAUUCUCUUCAUUUUUGGUUUUGGCAAGUUUGAUUAUAAUAUGACUUGGUGAGUUUCUUUUAAGAUCUAUCUUAUGUGGAAUUGGAUGAACAUCUUGGAUAGAUAUCUUCUCAUCUUUCACGAUAUCAGGGAAGUUUUCUGCCAACAAAUCUUCAACAAUUCUCUCUACGUUUUCUGUUAUCCCUCCCUUUUCUGGUACUCCAAUCACUCAUAGGUUAUUUCUCUUGAUAGAAUCCCACAUGACUCUUAGGGUUUCUUCAUUUUUUUGUUUUUUAUCUGAUUUUUCUUGAAACUUAUUGGUAUCAAGUGCUUUAUCAUCAGUCUCACCAAUUCUGCCUUCCACUUGCUCAAGUGUGCUCUUCUGACUUUCUACGGAGUUGUCUAAUUCUGUAAUUUUAUUGUUAAUCUUCUGAAUUUCUCAUGGCCAUCUCUCUUUGGAUUCUUGCAGCUUAUUAAAUUUUUUGUUAUGUUCUUGAAUAAGCUUUUUAAUUUGUUCAGCUUCUUUAUCUGUGUGUUUCUUGGCUUGUUCCACGUAUUGCCUGAUCUUGUUCCUGACGUCUUGAAGAGUUCUGUAUAUUAAUCUUUUGUAUUUUGUAUCCAGUAAUUCCAGGAAAGCACCUUCAUCCAGAAGAUCUAUUGAUUCUUUGUUCUGAGAGCUUGUUGAAGCUGUCAUGAUAUGCUUCUUUAUGUGAUUUGAUAUCGACUGUUGUCUCCAAACCAUCUAUAGGUUAUCGUAUUAGUGUAUUUUAUGUUUUCUUACGGUAUCCUAGCUUCUUGCUUUAUUUUAAUAUGCCCAAAUAGGUUGCUUGAGUGAGCUAGCCCGAUUGGUUUUGCCUUUGAAACUCUAACAUCCUGUCAUCAGAUGGCUGGAGCUGUGAUCAGGUAUAUGAGCCUAGGAAUCCCUUCACUUUUCUUGUAUGGAUUCAGCUUAGAUGUCCAGGUCGUUGGUCAUCAAGUGUAUGGUACAGGCUUUGUCCUACAGUCUUUGAGGGGCAGGGGUGAUUGGUGUACCUACCGGUAUCUGGUUGCAGCAGGGGGUCAUGCUCUGAACAAGGUGGGGUGCUGACAAUCAUCCCCCGAGUGUCUGUGAAGAAAGUGCACCCCUGUUCCCUGGAGUGCACAGGUGGGUGGGUUCUGCAGAUGGACCAUGGGCAGCCAAUGUUUUUGGUUGUAGGAACUGGGAGGUACCAGUUAUACUUGGACCACUGUUGCUGGUGGCUGGGUGACCUGAGUAGAGCCACCAGUCCUUAGGCCCCUGAUGUGGGUAGAUGAAGACCCUGUUUAAUAGGCAAAGUGGUGUCGAACAUCAACCACCCACCUGUCUAUCGCACAGCUGAAACAGUUGUGGUCUACCAACAAGAUCCUUUUUUGCCUGAAAUAGGGCCACAGAGGUCCAUGUAGGCGGAAAGGUAUUCAAAGUCCAUAGAUGGUUUGUGCCUGGACAGGAGCCGCUUCUGUCCUUAGCUCCCCAGGUUAGUGGAGCAGGCAGAUUAUCUUUUCCCCAGGUGUGAAUUUAUUCCUUCUCCAAGGCCAAGAGAAUGGCUCAGGGCUCAUAGCAGGACCUAUCUCAGGUUCAGGGAAAUCGAUAGCAACUCAAGGUGGCAUGGGGGCUGGGAGGCGUGGUAAAAUAUACACAAGUACUUAGCUUUUUGCCGAGAGCGCUGUUCUUCUCUGUUUCCGGAGGUGUGAGUAGGCUGCGCGGCUGGCUGUUUCUCCCUGAGGACACUGCAGCCGAAUGCUACCAGAAGCCCACUACAGCCUGAGGGUUCCCAGCCGUUCAGGUCUGGCAACUCCUCUUUGCUUCUGAGCUCUCUCUCUGUCUCCCUGCUGCUCAGUCCAUUUUCUAACUUUGCCUUGGAUGUUCAGGGCUCCUAUCUUGUCAUAAAUAUAUGUAAAAAAACCAAAAAAAGCCAAACCCAGUGCUGUGGAGUCGAUUCCUACUCAUCGUGACUCAUGUGUGUAUAUGUAUACAUAUACGUAUGUGUAUGUGUAUAUGUAUACGUAUAUGUAUAUGUGUAUAUAUAAUCGUUACACUUGUUUUUUCGGGUCUUUGUCAUAAGAGGGUUCGUUGGAAGCAUCUAACUGCCAUCUUGGCUCCUGAAACUGACUUUAAAAAGUCACAAAGACAUUAAAAAAAAAAAAAAGAGAGAGAAAAAUGUAUGCAAAUACUGGUAAAUUCUGUUCAAGAUCUGUAGUCUGAUUAAUUGCACUGUAUUAAUUAAUAAUUAAUUUCCUGGUUUGAUAAUGUACUAUUAUUGUGUAAGAUGUCACCUUUGGGGAAAACUGGGUGGUGGGUAAACCUGUCUUCCUAUUUUUGCAGCUUCUUGUGUGUCUAUAAUUAUUUUAAAAUUAAAUGUAAAAAACAAGAUUACCAUUUGUCAUGUUUGGACAUAAUAUCAAAAAAGAGUAGCCUCACUUAUCUGAAAUGAUUAUUAAAAUAGUUUUUUUCCCUUUUACAACACAUGUCUGUGUAAGGCUGAGUUUUCCUCAUGUACUUCAUCAUGAGAAUCCGACUGUCUUCUGUUGAGACAGACAUUAAACAGAUUGUUUAAAAUGUAAAACAAAACCAUUCUUCUUAUUUAAUUUUUUUCCCUUUGGAAAAUAUUUAUUUUUCAUAGCGUUAUUUAUGUUAUUAUGUAGUGAAUUUGGUUAUUUUUGAAGGAAUUAAAUUGUUUUUCCAGUUUUCAUUUUUAAUAUGAUAAAUAUCAAAAGAUAUAACCCACAUAAAAAUAAGUUCUUUGGGGUCCUCAAUAGUUUUUAAGAAUGUAAAUGGUUUCCUGAGUCUUAAAACAGAAACCUGAAAGGAUUGUUGUUUCAGUCAUUUUAAAAAUCUCUCUACUUCACCAGUUAUUUCCUUCUUGAUAACCACAUAUAACUGUAUUUUUACACAGGGAGGUGGCAAUUUUAUUUCUUUGGCAAUCACUUCAGAUUGUUUUCUUUUUCCUCUUCUAUCUUCAUUUCCCUAGCCUUUCCAAAUGGCAGGAUAUAAGUUAAUGGAACAUUAGGAAGGAUAACAUAGAUAUUUCCUUUAUUUUUAAGAAAUUUGACCACGUUUAUAAAGCCAGUAGACCCAGAAAGUAAUUAUUUGUGUCUCAUAGAAAAUUAUAAAAGUUAUCUGUAUUAGCAUUGUAGGGCUGUCGUAGAAAUUACCAUAAACUCAGAGGCUUAAACCAACAGAAAUUUAUUCUCUCACAGUUCUAGAGUCCAGAAGCCUGAAAUCAAGGUUUUUACAGGGAUCAGCAGGGCUUUUUUGUACUAUGCCUGGAGCUCUAGGGGAGAAUCCAUUCUUUGCCUCUUAGUUUGUGGUGAUUGUUGGCAUCCUUGGCUUGUUGCCCCAUCUCUCUGCACCAUCUAUACAUCACCUUCAUCUCUGUAUCUUCUGUCUCUUACUAGGACAUUUGUCAUUGGAUUUAUAGCCCACUUAGGCAAUCCAGAUUGAUCCCAUCUCAAGAUCCUUAACUUAAUUACAUUUUCAAAAGCCCUUUUUCCAAAUAACAUUCACAGGUUCCAGGGAUUUAAAUGUGGACAUGCCAUUUUUUGGCCACCAUCAACCCACUACAGGAUCCUUUAGGCGUUUUUAUAUUACUUUUGACCCUAGCACACUUGACGGGAAAAGUAUAAAUCCAAGAAAUUUAAGUCUAAAAUCUUGAAAACUGCACUCAGUUAAAAAUCAUUAAAAAGUAAUGAAAGACAGCAAAUUAAGAUUCUCAUUCAAGUUGAGAGUUUUCCUGGUUCUUGGUGUUAUUUGUGAUUUUCUAUUGAAAUCUGGACAUGUUGGAUAUUAUGCUAUGGCAUCCUGAAUCUUGUUUAAAUCUUUCGUUUUCGCAGGUCUCCUCUGACACCACUGUGAUAGGGGAAAGGAGGCACACCGUGGUUACUGCCAGGUGCUGUUGGAAGUCCAGGUCUCCAAUUGGCCUCCAUUUGAAAAGAGGGGCUGGGUAGGGAUUUUUAUUACUGCUGGGUGGAGGUGGAAGUUCAGGCUUUGCGUGUGACCUCCAGUGACAUUGUGGGGGUUGGGAGAGGAUAGUGUCCUUAUCACUGGGUGGAGGUGAAAGUAAUGACUCCCUUAGGUUUCCCUGGUCACCACCCCAGCAGGAGAUGGAGGGGUACUUUGUUACCCUAGGGUGGUGGUGGAAGUCUAGGUGCCCCCCACGGUCUCCAUUAACAUUGUAUGUGGGAUUGUUAUCUCAUUACCACUUGGCUCCCCACUCAGCCUUCUCUGUCACCAUCCCAUCAGGGUCGGCGUGCCUCAUAGCCUGGUGAGGAUGGGAAUCUAAGCUCCUCACUAAGCCUUUGCUUGGCAGGGUUGAGGGUGGAGAUGCAGUUUUUUUUCUGUGGUGCUUGACUAGAAUAGAGCGGUUAUUAUCUAAAGGUUUUCUGACUUGCUCGGCUGCCCCUUUCUAGGAUACAGAGAGAAAACUUUUCUUGUUUGUCUCUGCCUGCUAGUGUUUUUGUGUUUACUAGCUUCUCCAGUAUUCACUCUGAAAUAGAUGAGGCGAAAAGAAACCCCAGGGAAUUCCUACGAAGUCAUUCCUUGGUCCUCGGCUCCCUAGCUGAUCUGUUUUCUUGUCUUCACUUUUCAGAGUCUUCUUGUGUUUGUUUUAUAUAUAAUGUUCUGAGUCUGUACUUAGUGGUAGGAAUAGGGAAAAGUUUGUCUACUCCAUGUUUCUCGAAGUAGAAGUUCCAGGAACAUAUGAUAUAGUUUAUAAAAAUCUAAUCAGGCAUAGCCUUUUAAGAACAGUUUACUCUGUAGUUGCUCACUAGUCAAAAGUGGUACAUAUUUCUUUAAGAAGGCUGUCUCCAUCUAAGGUCUUUGUGAAUCGAAGAAAGAAAAAUGCAGGUAAUAUAAAUAUCAAUUUCUACACUUUUUAGUAAACAUAAUUCAUGAUUUAGGGGAGAAAGGAUAGAAAGUAUUGUUUUGAACAGUAAGUAAUUUGUCUUUUUCUAUCCUUUGUUAACUGAAAACUGUGACUCUGUUAGGUUAAAUUCAUUUCAGUUAAUCAUUUAUCUUUUGUUUUCUUGUACUGAGCCUAGUCUUUUAUUACAAAAUCACAUAUCACCCCUGGAGCUGGUGGGCUGGUCCAAACAUUCUAUUCUCAACUAUAAAUUGUUGCUUACUUUGAGGCUACACUGCACCCUUGAAAGAUGAAGGUUCAGAUUAGUCAAGUUAUCUUGCAACAAAUGCUAUUAGAGUGUUAAGUUUAGAUUUUAAAAAGUACUUUUCAAAAAUUUCAAUUUAAGUAAUGAUUUAGGAAUUUUAAACUUCACUGAACAUUUUCAUCAUUUUCAUAGUAUUUUACCCAGUUGUUAAAUAAUCUAAAUAGUAUCCUGAUGAGUCAGGACAAUUAUCUCCAUUUUACAGAUGAGGAAAUUGAGAAAUGUCAUUUAGUUUAUGACUUAUCCAAGAGCAUUCAGUGAAUUGAGAUUAGAACUGGAACAAUAGUCCAAGAUUGGAACUUUAAAUAUUUUUUUGCACCAUUUUGUGCUUAGUUCAAUAGACCAUGCCAGUAACCAAAUUAAAUUUAUAUAUCUACCAAAACAAGAACAAGGGGGAAAGAAGAGGUUAUCCAAUUAGAACCUUAGUUUCAGACAUGGUCUGUAAAUAUCUAAUUUUUCAGUCUGAUGCAUCAAGAAUGUUUCAUCAUUAUCAUACCCCUUGUCUCAUAUGCAGCAUAAUAAGAAGCCCAUAAUGCCAGACAAUAAUUUCCAAAAGUAUUUUUCUCUUUACGAGGAAUAUGGUCAUAAUUUGAAAGCAAACAGUUCCAUUAUUUUUUCUAUAAUUUAAAGAAAAACAGAAAAACAAAAAAUUUGGUAUAUAUAUCUAAAACAUAAAUAUAAUGCUUAUAGUUGCCAUUAAAUUUAUUACAUAGCUACAUUUUUAUAUAUUAAAAGUCACUGAAAGUUUAUGAUAGGUUUAUAAACUAUUGAUGCUCUCAUGUAAAAGUAUACUACUAUGUUAAAAUAAGUUGGAAUUUGGAAACUGGUUUAUUUAAAUUAAAUUUCAUUCCAUAUGUGUUUUGUCAGUUAGUUUGAAUUAUUUAUCUAAAAUAUAGAUAUGUUUUCUUUUUAGAGUAGUUUAUUAUGAUAUAUUGGAAAGAAUUCAUCACUCAAAAUUAAGGACCUCUGUUCUAGGUUUUUUUUGUUCUAGGUUUAGAGCUUAUUGUGCUUAAUAUGUAGAGCAUAAAGCAUAUUUGUGGUGUUAUCUCUGAGAAUUGGAAUCCUGAUCAAGCAGUUCAUUUAUAUUGUUGCACCUUUUCUGCCACCUUUUUUCUUUUUACCUUUUGUCCUAUUCCUAAACUUUCUCCUACUUCUCUCAUGUUAAAAUUCUAGUCAAUGUCAGAGUAAUAAUGCAUUUUUUUUCCCAUUUAAUGCUUCUGUUUUUCACAUUGGUUAUUUUCUUUAAAAUUAUUCAGUUUGAGGUGAUACUAAACAAGUUGAAAAUUAAAGCCCGUAUCCUAGUUCUUUAAGAUGAACCCAUUGCUGCCGAGUGGAUUCCGACUCAAAGCAACCCUAUAGGACAGAGUAGAACUGCCCCACAGAGUUUCCAAGGAGCGCCUGGCAGAUUCGAACUGCCCACCAUUUGAUUAGCAGCCAUACCACUUAGCCACUAUGCCACCAGGGUUUCCCUCUUUAAGAUUAGGAAAUGUAUAAUGAAACGAUUAUAAAUUUUAUUCCACAUGUUCAAACUGUUAAUAAUUCUUCCUACUUUAGUGUUCAUUGUACUUUGCCUUGUAUUAUAGUGAGUUGUGUACUUGACCUCCCUCCAUAAUACCUACUAGAGUGCUUUACACUUUGCCUAUUCUCAAAUACUUGUUUUUAAUUAACUUCAGUUCCCUGAAGACAAUACCUACAUGUGACCUCUUUCUGAUAUCUGGUCUUUUAAUAUGAAUAUGUUGGUUUCGUGUCUACUCCAGCUUCUUAUUGGCUGUCACAGUAUCUGUUCCUUUUUUCAGUUAUUAUCUAUUUAUAGUUUACUUAAUUUGGUUAGAUUAUUGAGAUUUUGUCCCAUGGUAACUUUCUAAUUUUCCAUGGUGAAAAUGAAAUGAUCAUUGCUCAAUUAUUUUUAAGUAUAAAUUCUUUUUUAAUAAGUGCCAUUUAGAUGGCCAUUCGAGCCAGAACAAUGCCUGCCACAUAGUAUGUGCUCAGAUCAUGAAUAAGUAGAUGAAUGAGUGAACUAAUGAAUGAUACGUAUCAUCUGUCCAUAUAAUAGUUUAUCCACUUAGUUAUUUAUAGGGAUGCUUGUUAUAUCUGAGUGUUUGUAUUUGUCAAAAUUCUUAAUUUUAAUUUAAAUUCCUUAGUGGUAAAGGCUGAAUCUCUUCAAGUAGGCUUGAAUUUACUACAUGAAGCCUAUUAAGACUUACCAAGUCAAUAGUUAUCCAAAGUAAAUUGAUAGGUCAGGGCCCAUUAAGCAAUAAUGUAUGGAAUUAUUAUAUAGAUUAAAUAUAUGUGAAGAGAGUUCUCUAAACUGUAAACUACUACACAAAGAUUAGUUCAUUCAUUGAGCAAACCUUUCUUAUUAAUUUGGAACCAAUAGGACACAUUAAGCAAUAUCACUAUUGUGUGUAACUGUAUGUCUUAGAAUAUGGAAUGUGUGUUAGAACAUCUAUACUGGAUGAUAUAGUUUUUAGGUUAUCCUAAAAUAAUUAGAAUGAUUAUGAGAAAAUUAUAAAGAACUAGUAACUAAGUAUAUAGUGUAUAAUCUUUAUAAAUGAUUAUUAUAAAACAUUUCCUAAUGUUAAUGCUGUAUUUAAAAGUGAGGCUUUAGGAGAGCAUUUUGGAUGAAAUAUUAGUAUUUGGAUUUAUUUGUACAAAAUAUUGAAAGACUGGGCAUUGAAAGAUUAAAACUUGUCUCUAGGGAUUAAGGCAUGCAUUACCAACCGCUUAUAUGUCUGUGGUCCCAUAGGUUUUUUUUUAAAGAGAAAGCAGCUUUUUCCUUCUAUUUCCCCUUAAUGUUUUUAAAGACCUCAAAACUAGCCGUGUGCAGCACUGGACCACAGGUGGGAUACAGGCAGGUGAGGCAGAGGACAUGGCUCUGAGCGCCGGCCCUUAGGCCUUAUGAGGCGAGCAGUGGCAGCAGGGGCUGCGGGGUCAGGCUGCUCCUGCUACUCAGGUGGGUGGGCUGGGCACGCUCGGCUUCCUCCUCCUUGACUUCCACUAGCUCCCACCACUGCCCUCCCAGCUGCUGCUGCUGCCAUUCCCGCAGUCUCUAGCAGCAGUGGCAGCUGUUGCAGUGGUGAUGAGGACACUGGAAGUGGGUUCCCAUAAGGUUUUAAUACGGUGUUUGCACAGCGUCCAAAUCACAUAACGUCUUAUCUUACAGACCAUAUUGUGGACAUUAAGCAACGUAUGCCUGUAGUAAAGAACAUGAGUAGAUUUUCUGUUUAUUUAAAGUUAGAAAUAAUGAAGGGAUAAAGUAAAAUAUCUUACUUGUAUCUGUUGUUUCAUUGGGAAGAAUUCCUAGUUCUACUCAAGAAGACAUUUAAGCACAUUAAUAAUAGCUAGCUUUUUUAUUUUAAGACAAAAACAAUUUAAAAGACUAGUGUCAUAUAAAACAAUCACUAUGAAAUAUGUUUCUUAGAUUACAGUUUUGAAUCUCUGAAAACACAAUUUUUUCUUAACUCAUGGAAAGAGUUAGAGUAUACUUUUUUCUGUGUAUUUUUCCUUUUACUGGAUUACAUUUAUAUAACAAAUGUUAUCUGUAUUACAUUUAUAAAAUAGGAUAGUGUUACCCGAUUAGGGUCUGUGCCCUGGAGCAGUACAACCAAUGUACUCCAAGUCAGAAAGAGAGAGACUAAGUUUUAUUAAGAGGUGACACCAAUAGGGGUGGGAGUCUGACAGCAAUGCAGGCUGUACUUUAUGGAGUCCCCCAAAAGCAAUUUUUACAUCAGAAUUUAUAUGUAUUUGGCAAGGAUUACCUAAUGUUUUUAAGCACAUAACCCACAGGUGGUUGUAUACAUCACAAAACAACUAUAAGAAACUCUUUAUUAAACUAAAGAUACGUAUGUCGGACUUCUGAACUCUAAUCUGUAUGUUUGUAACAGGCUAAAAAAAAAAAAAAUUAAGAAUCUCUCGGCUAGUGGAACUGGCCUGCCAACUCUACUCUAACUAAGGAGCAAGAAAGAAAGUUGCAGACCAAAAGCGCCAGGCAGCCUUCCUUGUUGCUGUCCUGCAGAAUGAAGGCCGUUUCUCAAGAGAACAAAGAAGAGGAGAGAGACCAAGACCACAGGAGCUGAGAGGGCUCUGCACCCCUUUGGAAAGAGACUAGUGCAGCCGGUGCAAUUAAAAAAAAAAAAAAAAAUGCUUA